AUGACAAUCGAAGUACAAAAGACGGCGGAUAAAAACGUGAAAGUUGAUUUAUUGCCAUUUUCAAUAGAAUAUCAAGGCGUCGCUGAUAUUUCAACUUAUUUCCAUCCUAUGGGGAAUACAGCUGCAUUCAGAGGAAGGAAGAUCACAGCGAGGGAUGUCAGCUUGGGUGAACGCGUACAAGGUGUAUGUGUGAGCGAAAUAAUAUCAGAUGGGCAUAAAAGUGCCAAAAAACCAGUCAAAGCUACCAAAUACUCAAUGGAUGAUGAGGAAGACGACGAUAACGAGGAAAGUAAUGACGAUGAGCCUGAAGAACAGCCACAGCAAUCCCAGCAGAGCGUCUCACAAGUAUUUCAAUCGACUGGCCACAGCUUCACUGACUUCAGAAUAUGGAUGCCAGACGAUCACGUCGCUGAGACAACUCAUCCACUAUGCAGGCUCGAAGAACAGCAGAAGUUGUUUACAUUGAUAAAUACAAUAGAUUAA